AUGGACACGUCCGACACCCAAUCCCGUUCUCAUGGUACUGAGACCAUGCCAGUUAUCUUCCAUACCAAGACGGGAACAGCUUUUCUUUCUGAAGCGUGGACACCGCGGACUUCAGGGCAGUACACCGCUACUUGUCUCGCUCUCGUCCUCUUUACCCUAAUUCUCCGUACUUUGAUCGCCUUCAAACCCUUGUUGGAAGCGGCAGUCUCGGAACGCGAGCAUGGAAAAAGCCGCUUGAGCAAUGGCGAGGAUUAUGGGCAUGAAGAAACCUUUUUUGCUCCUACGCCAGAGACAGUUCUUGUCAGAGUUGCUCAUGCUGCCUAUGAGGCUGCCAUCGCAUUUCUAGGGUACCUCCCAAUGCUAGGGGUGAUGUCUAUGAACUUGGGAUAUUUCUUGUCGGUUCUUCUCGAGGUUUUUGUUGGCACUCUCUGCUUGGGUUACAUUGCACGGAGCACAACAUUUGAUCAUUGUUCUUGA